GAAUGCUAGGAAGGCGAAAAAAGAUUGAGGAGAAGAAGAAACUGAAGAAAUGUGAAAAUCCAACGAACAUUUUCAUGGCCAACGGAAGUCGAUGCAUAAGGAGUUAUAUUGGGACUCCUUUUUGCCUCGAAACCUCGGAUCAAAAUGCUCAUAGUAGAGAAGACAUCGGACUUCCCGUCAGCUGAGUUCUCUGUGGUGGAGGAUGUGACUCUUCAUUUCACCUGUUUGAUGGACAGGUUGAACGAGCAGCGUCUCUUCCAGCCUGACCUCUGUGAUGUGGACAUAGUGUUGGUGCGCCAGCGCAGUACCUUCCCUGCCCACAAGGGGGUGCUUGCGGCCUACAGCCCCUUCUUUCACUCCCUGUUCUCCCAGAGCAAGCAGCUGCGCCGUGUCGACCUGUCUCUGGAUGCCCUCAGCUCCCAGGGCCUACAGCAGAUCCUUAACUUCAUCUACACCUCCCGUCUGUUGGUCAGUAGCCGUAGCGUCAGAGACGUGCUCAACGCCGCCACCCUGCUGCAGAUGACAGACAUUGCAGCUUCUUGCCGUGACCUCAUCAGCAGCCAAUCGCUAAGGGCCGCGGUAGACAACCUGGCCAAUCAGGAUGGCCUGGGAGAUCCUGAUUCCAUGACAACGACCCCCGGCAGUCAGCUGUACCGGGAGAUCAAGCAGGAGGCAGAGUUAGGGAGGGCAGAGUUAGAGAGGGUGUACACUCGGGAGGGGAACAGCCCUUUCUCUGUGAGGGUGGAAGACGGACAUGGAAAGGGCCAGCAGCAUCACCCUCCCUCCUCCCUGACCUCCACCCAGUCCCAGGCCAAGCAGUACUACUACCAACAAGAGGACAGGGAGAGUGGGGGAGGAGGAGGGAGGGGUCUGUUUAAGCUGGAGGGGGGCGGGGAGCAGAUCAUCGUAGAGGUCAACCUGAACAACCAGACACUCAACGUCUCCAAGGGGUCAGAGAGCAAGGCUGUCGCCACAUAUACCACCGCCACCGCCAUGUUCACCCGCUCCCAUGGUGACCAGAGGAACGAGGAGGAAGAGGAGAACAAGGAAAAGGAUGAUGAUGAUGGGCAGGUCGGGGAGGAUGAAGAGGAGGAGGAUGAAGAGCAGAGAGAGAGAGGGGAGGAGAUGGAGAACAGCAGUGAAGAGGAUGAAGAGGAAGAAGAGGAAGAGGAGAACAAUGAUAUGAACAUACCAGCAGAGGAGUCUAUUAUGAUGAACAGGCCUCGUCCGGGGACUAGAACCCUGGAGGUCGCCACGACAACCAUGCGGCAGACCCUUGGUGACGCCACCCUUGCCAACCGUCACCAGGGCAGGAAGAGGAAGCAGAACCCUGAGAGUGUAGGUCAGAUGGUCAGACUGGAGGAGAAGCAACACUUCCCCUGUAAGAAAUGUCCCAGAGUCUUCAACAACCGCUGGUAUCUGGAGAAACACAUGAACGUCACUCACAACCGCAUGCAAAUCUGCAACAAAUGUGGAAAACGCUUCCUUCUGGAGAGUGAACUACUACUGCACCAUCAGACCAACUGUGAGAAGAGUAUACAGUGUGUAACGUGUGGCAAGGCCUUUAAGAAGCUCUGGUCUCUCCAUGAGCACAACAAGAUUGUUCACGGUUACGCUGAGAAGAAGUUCUGCUGUGAGAUCUGUGAGAAGAAGUUCUACACCAUGGCCCACGUCAGAAAGCACAUGGUUGCCCACACCAAGGACAUGCCGUUCACCUGUGAGACGUGUGGGAAGUCAUUCAAGCGUGGCAUGUCGCUAAAGGUUCACUCUCUACAACACUCUGGAGAGAAGCCCUUCAAGUGUGAGAACUGUAACGAGAGGUUCCAGUAUAAGUACCAGCUGCGCUCCCACAUGUCCAUCCACAUCGGACACAAGCAGUUCAUGUGCCAGUGGUGUGGCAAGGACUUCAACAUGAAGCAGUACUUUGAUGAACACAUGAAGACACACACUGGAGAGAAGCCGUAUAUCUGUGAGAUCUGUGGGAAGAGUUUCACCAGUCGUCCCAACAUGAAGCGUCACCGCCGGACCCAUACGGGGGAGAAGCCGUACCCUUGCGAGGUGUGUGGUCAGAGGUUCCGUUUCUCCAACAUGCUCAAAGCGCACAAGGAGAAGUGCAUCCGGGUCAGCAACCCCAUGGUAACUGACAACAACGACUCGCUGGGCAUCGACCCCCCCUCCCCAACUGUUUCUGCGGACCCUGCUGCGAUUGGUCAGGUGGUUUUAGGGGCGGUGCUCCCGGGGGCAAUGCACCACCAUGCCACGCCCCUCUCCCUCCCCCUGAUCCACUCCCUGGGGGGGCUGCCCCACACCCGCCCCCCACCUCCCCAUUUUCCACCCUUCUUCUCUGGCAGGAUGGGCUCCAACAUCUAGCUAACGCACUCCGCUCUGCUAACAGACCAGACCGCUAGCAUCCAUCUACUCUACAACGCUCUGCUAACAGACCGCUAGCAUCCAUCUACUCCACAACGCUCUGCUAACAGACCGCUAGCAUCCAUCUACUCCACAACGCUCUGCUAACAGACCGCUAGCAUCCAUCUACUCCACAACGCUCUGCUAACAGACUGCUAGCAUCCAUCUACUCCACAACGCUCUGCUAACAGACUGCUAGUAUCCAUCUACUCCCCAACGCUCUGCUAACAAACUGCUAGCAUCCAUCUACUCCACAACACUCUGCUAACAGACCAGACUGCUAGCAUCCAUCUACUCUACAACACUCUGCUAACAGACUGCUAGCAUCCAUCUACUCUACAACACUCUGCUAACAGAUGGCUAGCAUCCAUCUACUCCACAAUGCUCUGCUAACAGAUGGCUAGCAUCCAUCUACUCUACAACACUCUGCUAACAGACUGCUAGCAUUCCUCUACUCUACAACACUCUGCUAACAGACCAGACUGCUAGCAUCCAUCUACUCUACAACACUCUGCUAACAGACUGCUAGCAUUCCUCUACUCUACAACACUCUGCUAACAGACCAGACUGCUAGCAUCCAUCUACUCUACAACACUCUGCUAACAGACUGCUAGCAUUCAUCUACUCUACAACACUCUGCUAACAGACCAGACUGCUAGCAUCCAUCUACUCCACAACGCUCUGCUUUGCUUACAGACUGCUAGCAUCCAGUCAGCCAACCCCCCCGCCCCCCCUCCCCAGACCCCCUGAAGUACUCAGACUAUCUAUGAGAGGAGGGGGAUUUACAGGAGCAGAGCGAGACAUGGAUGGGAGGAGGAUUCCUUCAUAUAACCACAUCUCAGUCUGAAGACCAAGGCAUCUUAACUCGGCUCUGGUCUCUGUGUGGACUCUGCAGUCUGAAGAACAAGGCAUCUUAACUCGGCUCUGGUCUCUGUGUGGACUCUGCAGUCUGAAGACCAAGGCAUCUUAACUUGGCUCUGGUCUCUGUGUGGACUCUGCAGUCUGAAGACCAAGGCAUCUUAACUCGGCUCUGGUCUCUGUGUGGACUCUGCAGUCUGAAGACCAAGGCAUCUUAACUUGGCUCUGGUCUCUGUGUGGACUCUGCAGUCUGAAGACCAAGGCAUCUUAACUCGGCUCUGGUCUCUGUGUGGACUCUGCAGUCUGAAGACCAAGGCAUCUUAACUUGGCUCUGGUCUCUGUGUGGAUUCUGCAGUCCGAAGACCAAGGCAUCUUAACUCGGCUCUGGUCUCUGAUUCUGCAGUCUGAAGAGGUGAAGGAUCAUACAGAGGCUUCUUGUAACAUAAACAGUAUAAAUGCAUACACCUACCAUGUGGAAAUGUUUUUAAUGUGUGGGAUAGUUCACCUCUGCCCUGGCCGUUGAGAGUUCAGAGGGACUUGUAAAAUGACAACAUACAUUACAUCUGUCGUUUCAUUGUUUUCAUUCUGCUUACCACAAAGCCACACCUUUUAAUAAGACCAUGCUUGUAGCACAAUGUAACAUUGGUCAGAUUAACACCUCCUCCGACAAACUAGUUACUGGUGAGAUUAAUGACCCCUUCUCAUAUUAACUAGCUAUUUACUGGGUUGAUUCUGGGGCCUAAACUCCUCCCAUAGUUGGUCUGUGUGGAAGGAGUUCUCUACAUAAGGUUAUAUGUGGAAUGAUUUCUGUCUGACAGAAGGUUCUAGGUGUUCUGUGUGGAAUUAGUUCUCUACAAAAGGUUCUAGGUGUUCUGUGUACAGUGAGUUCACUCUGAAAGUUUACCUCUCUGUCCUAACAGAGGUAUAUGGUGCCAGACGUCUCCUGCAGAGCCCUGUCUCUCUCUUCUCCUGAUCCUCAUCCUCCUCUCCCCUCUCUCUUUCCCUCCUCUUCAGACGUCUCCCGCAGAGCCCUGUCUCUCUCCUGUCCUCACCAGACGUUGCCUACAGAGCCCUCUCUCCUCCCUUAUCAUCCUCCUCUCCCCUCUCUCUUUCCCUCCUCUUCAGACGUCUCCAGCAGUGCCCUGUCUCUCUCCUGUCCUCACCAGACGUUGCCUACAGAGCCCUCUCUCCUCCCUUCUCAUCCUCCUCUCCCCUCUCUCUUUCCCUCCUCUUCAGACAUCUCCAGCAGUGCCCUGUCUCUCCUCUCCUCACCCUCUAUCCUCCUCUCCCUGUUCUCUCAGUGAGUCCAUUCCUCACAGUGAGUGGACUCUAUUAGCCAAUCAGAACAGACCAACAGGACAGAACCAUCAUUCUCUUAGCCACCUGAAGAUGAUGAAGCAAACUGUUCUUCUGAUCUGUCUGUUAAAACACGUAUCUGGCAUCGCAAUAACCAACUCCCGUGAGCUCACAUGCUUAGUGAGAUUAUUAUAAAGCCUCUAAAAUCAAACCUGCAUCUUAUUUUGAACCUUAGUGUUAUUUAAGAUGUACUCUUUUUGUGUGUUAAAUGUUCAAAUUGUGACAGUUUGUGUAAUUUGUGUGUGGCAACAUUAUGCCAUUAUAUAAGGUGUUUUAGAAGGUUAUGACUAGACAGUCACGUUGGAAAGGUUAUGACUAGACAGUCACGUUGGAAAGGUUAUGACUAGACAGUCACGUUGGAAAGGUUAUGACUAGACAGUCACGUUGGAAAGGUUAUGACUAGACAGUCACGUUGGAAAGGUUAUGACUAGACAGUCACGUUGGAAAGGUUAUGACUAGACAGUCACGUUGGAAAGGUUAUGACUAGACAGUCACGUUGGAAAGGUUAUGACUAGACAGUCACGUUGGAAAGGUUAUGACUAGACAGUCAAUUUUGCAGUGCACAGGAGAAUGCAGUUAAGUGAGUGUGUGUGUGUGUGUGUGUGUAACUACCCGAGACGGAUGAGUAGAGGUUGUGUAAAACAGUCAAUCUGACCCUGAAUAGAUGAACAAUCAGCCAAUCAGCUUGAGAUUCCCAAAGCAGGAAGUGAAGUGGAGAGACAUUUAUCUGCUGAUGUUUAGAAACCACUGUACAGAGCUUGGAUUGUAGCCUAUUCCUGCUCUUUUCAAGUAGUGUAAAGUACUGAAGUAAAAAUACUUUAAAGUACUAGUACUACUUAAGUAGUUUUUGGGGUAUCUGUACUUUACUAUUUAUAUUUUUUACAACUUUUACUUUUACUUCACUAUGUUCCUAAAGAAAAUUAAUGUACUUUCUACUCCAUAUAUUUUGCCUGACACCCAAAAGUAGUCAUUACAUUUUGAAUGCUUAGCAGGACAGAAAAUGGUCCAAUUCACACACAAGAGAACGUCCCUGGUCGUCCCUACUGCCUCUGGUCUGGAGGACUCACUAAACAGAGAACGUCCCUGGUCGUCCCUACUGCCUCUGGUCUGGAGGACUCACUAAACACACAUGUUGGUGUUGCCCCUGGCAACCAUCUUUUCUUUUUUUUUACAUGAAAUUUGUGCCGUCUGGCUUUGCUUAAUAUAAGGAAUAUUUUAUUAUUCGUAAUUUUACGUUUGAUACUUCAGUAUUUUUAAAAAUAAAUGCUUUUAGACUUUUACUCAAGUAGUAUUUUACUGGGUGACUUUCACUUUUACUUGAGUAAUUUUCUAUUAAGGUAUCUUUACUUUUACUCAAGUAUGACAAUUGGAUACUUUUUACUCCACUGAUGACAUCACAGACACAAGCCCGAAAUCUAUCAAAUCUCACAUUAAAAUGCUGUCAAGAAAAAACAAUCUUAUCUGCUCAAUGGUCUACGAUCUGAGGAACAGUUUAGAUAUAUUGGAGAAAGGUGAAUUAUUCCUUAUGAAGAAGACACAGUGUAAUUGGUUCCACUAGUUUACUCAACUUUUCGGUCAAAGUUUUACAUGAGCGUAAACAUUUUAGUUGGCCCAAACUUAGCUCCAACAUCAGAAAACGUGUUUGCUCACAUUGUCUCAUAUGUUCAUUCAACUAUAAAUCUGACCUAAUAAACGGCUGUGGAACCAGUUACUUAAUGAUAUUUAGUUGGAACAACUCCUUGUUUAUUUAUUGCAAUGUUUAUUAGUAUAUUAGAUAGAACUCUGGAGAAUUUGUAUACCUUUAAUCUAUUGCGCUAAUCCCAAGCUAGCUCUGGAAACUUAGUUUAAAAGCAAUCAUAGCAAACAUAUUGUCUCCCCAAAAUGUGCAAUCUUUGGCUUCACAGUGGCAAAAUGUGUAGAAUAGCAGGAAAUUAGCUUUAAAACUGCACAUUUUUCUCUUUGCACCAUGGAAACGUGUAGAAUAGCAGGAAAUUAGCUUUAAAACAGAAAUGUUUAUCUCAGUCUCAUGACACAAUGUACAUUUUUUUUUAUCUGUGCCCCAUGGCAAAAUGUUCUGAAAUGUAGAAAGUUAGCAGUAGUCUGGCUCUGGAAGAGCAGGAGAAGAGAAGGAGAUGUACAAUCAUAUAUAAUCAU